AUGUCCGCCGAGCCAGACCACGCAACGCAGAAGCCGGAUCUGUCCAAGGACCCUUCAGGCGCCGAGCCCAAGACCGAAGAUGAGAUCGCAACUGCCAUCCUCAAGAAGAAGAAGAAGCCCAACUCCCUCAUUGUCACCGACGCCGUCAACGAUGACAACUCCAUCAUCGCCCUCUCAAACAACACCAUGGAGACACUCCAGCUCUUCCGUGGUGACACUGUCCUCGUCAAGGGCAAGAAGCGCAAGGACACAGUCUUGAUUGUGCUUGCAGACGACGACCUCGAUGACGGCUCAGCGCGGAUAAACCGCGUUGUUCGCCACAACUUGCGCGUUAAGCACGGCGAUGUUAUCACCAUCCACCCUUGCCCAGACAUCAAAUACGCCAAGCGCAUCGCAGUCCUUCCUAUCGCAGACACAGUCGAGGGCAUCACCGGCUCAUUAUUCGACGUUUUCCUGGCCCCAUACUUCCGCGAAGCCUACCGACCUGUACGACAGGGCGACACAUUCACCGCGCGCGGUGGCAUGCGACAAGUUGAGUUCAAGGUUGUAGAGGUCGAUCCGCCAGAGUUCGGUAUCGUCGCACAAGAUACCGUCAUCCACUGCGAGGGCGAGCCGAUCCAGCGCGAAGAUGAAGAGGGCAACCUUAAUGAGGUCGGCUAUGACGACAUCGGUGGCUGCCGCAAACAGAUGGCACAGAUCCGUGAGCUUGUCGAGCUGCCGCUAAGGCAUCCCCAGCUCUUCAAGUCGAUCGGUAUCAAGCCGCCGCGUGGUAUCCUCAUGUACGGCCCUCCUGGUACCGGUAAGACGCUGAUGGCCCGUGCCGUUGCCAACGAGACCGGAGCUUUCUUCUUCCUGAUCAACGGUCCCGAGAUCAUGUCCAAAAUGGCUGGUGAGUCGGAGUCGAACCUGCGCAAGGCGUUCGAGGAGACCGAGAAGAACUCGCCCGCGAUCAUCUUCAUCGAUGAGAUCGAUUCUAUCGCCCCCAAGCGUGACAAGACCAACGGUGAGGUUGAGCGCCGUGUCGUUUCGCAGCUGCUCACCCUCAUGGACGGCAUGAAGGCACGCUCCAACGUUGUUGUCAUGGCCGCCACCAACCGACCCAACUCGAUCGACCCUGCCCUUCGUCGUUUCGGCCGCUUCGACCGUGAGGUCGACAUCGGCAUUCCCGACCCUACAGGCCGUCUCGAGAUUAUGCAGAUCCACACCAAGAACAUGAAGCUCGGCGACGACGUCGACCUCCAGGUCAUUGCCGCUGAGACGCACGGUUACGUCGGUUCCGAUCUGGCAUCUCUCUGCUCCGAGGCUGCCAUGCAGCAGAUUCGUGAGAAGAUGGACCUGAUCGAUCUUGAUGAGGACACAAUCGACGCUGAGGUGCUCGACUCGCUUGGUGUUACCAUGGAGAACUUCCGCUUUGCCCUUGGUAUCUCCAACCCCUCUGCUCUCCGCGAGGUCGCUGUCGUCGAGGUUCCCAACGUCCGAUGGGAGGACAUUGGUGGUCUCGAGGAGGUCAAGCGCGAGCUCAUCGAGUCCGUGCAGUACCCCGUCGACCACCCCGAGAAGUUCCUCAAGUUCGGCAUGUCGCCCUCGCGUGGUGUGCUGUUCUACGGUCCUCCCGGUACUGGUAAGACGCUGCUCGCCAAGGCUGUUGCCAACGAGUGCGCUGCCAACUUCAUCUCGGUCAAGGGUCCUGAACUGCUUUCCAUGUGGUUCGGUGAAUCUGAGAGCAACAUCCGAGACAUCUUCGACAAGGCCCGCGCCGCCGCUCCUUGCGUUGUCUUCCUUGACGAGCUUGAUUCCAUUGCCAAGUCGCGUGGUGGAUCUCAGGGCGAUGCCGGCGGUGCUUCCGACCGUGUUGUCAACCAGUUGCUGACCGAGAUGGACGGUAUGACAUCGAAGAAGAACGUUUUCGUCAUCGGUGCCACCAACCGACCGGAGCAGCUCGACAAUGCGCUGUGCCGUCCCGGACGUCUCGACACCCUCGUCUACGUCCCUCUGCCCGACCAGGCCUCGCGUGUCAGCAUCCUGAAGGCCCAGCUCCGCAAGACACCGGUUGCGUCGGACAUUGACAUCGACUUCAUCGCGUCCAACACACACGGCUUCUCUGGUGCCGAUCUUGGGUUCGUCACACAGCGUGCUGUCAAGCUCGCCAUCAAGCAGUCGAUUGCUCUUGACAUUGAGCGCCGCAAGGCUCUCGCCGACAAGGGUGAGGACGUUGAUAUGGAGGACGAGGGCGAGGACGCUGUUCCCGAGCUCACCAAGGCGCACUUCGAGGAGGCGAUGCGCUCUGCUCGUCGCUCCGUUACGGAUGUCGAGAUCCGGCGCUACGAGGCGUUUGCACAGUCGAUGAAGAACUCGGGCGGCUCGAGCUUCUUCCGCUUCCCUGACGGGGAGCAGGCGUCGAAUGAGCAGAACACGUUCGGCAACGCCGGGGAAGACGAGGAUCUGUACAACUAG